AUGGAAUGCGUCACAUCAGUAAGCUACCAGGUGCUUAUCAACGGUACUCCUCACGGAGACAUCAGACCCACGAGAGGCAUUAGGCAAGGAUACCCGCUCUCCCCAUAUCUCUUUGUAAUAUGCACUGAAAUGCUGGUCCAGAAACUAAUCCAAGCUGAAAACUCGGGAGAGAUCACAAGCCUAAAGGUGGCGCGUGGAGCUUCUGCAGUCUCUCAUCUCUUAUAUGCUGAUGAUAGUAUGUUCUACUGCAAACAGUCAGAUGAAGAGCUCAGCCGCCUAACUGCAAUAUUACAAGAGUACAGUCUUGCCUCUGGUCAGAGAAUAAACUACCAAAAGUCAAGCAUUUACUUUGGCAAAAACAUUCCAAGCGAGAGGAAAGAAGAAAUCAAACUGUAA